ACGAUAUGGAAUGCUGUGUUGAUUCUCUGUACUAUGGUAUAACUGGAACUGUAUAAUAAAUCAACUUUCUACAGUCAGCCCUCUCAGCUCUGUGUUUGUCUAGUACUAUUCUGGCAGCAAACUGCCAUUCAUUUACCUCUAUUUCUUUUUAUAGAAUUGGUGCGCUUGAGUGAACAUAUAAGAUAAAAAAGACGAGACUGUUAUUGUGAUGCCAAUUCCGAAACAAAAUCAACUUGGUUCAGAACAAGAACAAAAAUCACAAUUACAUAUGGUCCAUCAUAAUACAUAUCUAUUAUUUCAGAUGGCCAGUUUCCCUUGUGUUGUUUCGGCACAAAGGUUGUUUGACACCUUUACCCUCGACCUGAUAAUCUAUCCAAAUGCACUUCCUGUAAGAAUACAACAUUUUAUAUUGUCCCGGGUUGUGUGCUGGUGCGGUAAAUCACUGCACUUUAAAUGACUUUUUAAUAUCUGGAUCUUUAAGAUCUCGAUAGAUUGCUUGUGUGACUCGUGCAAAGUAGUUUUUUUUUAAACAAAGAGUUUGCUUGAAGCUUGCACUGUGUACACGUCCAUUCCUUUAAUGCUGCUUUUAAUAAUUGAAGUGGGAGGGGAGGGAAUGAGUUUGGGAACCUGCUGUAGGGAAUGAAGUAAAUUGAAAGGGUGUGUCGGACAGUAACUGAGAGAAACACGGAAAAAAAGAAAAAGAAAUGGCAGCUCUACACAACUUUCCCUAGAAGAAAGAAAAAUGUCUUUGAACUGUGAUGUCCCUGUUCUCUGAAUUAUGUUCUGAUUGGCAAUGACAACAUAAGGUUUUGCAGUCUUCAGCGGUCAAUAGGUUUUGACUGGAUGGAGUAUCUUACAUUUUAUUAGAGUGGGUGACUACACAUCAACAUUAAUUCAUUUGACUGUGAAAGACUUCAGGAAAUCCUAAGGAUGUGAAAGGUGUAAUAUAAUAUGUGGACCAAUAGUGAGGAGUAAAGCAGUGAAUUACUUGUGGAAUGUAAGGCUCAGAAAUGGCCUAUCAGAAAGUGGACCAGAGAUUUCGAGUGCACACUCAAGAUGUGGACACUGAAGAACUUCCAGUUCCUUCACUAGACUUAGAAUGGGACAUGGAAAAAGAGUUGGAAGAAAGUGGAUUUGAUGGCUUUGAAAUAGAUAAUUCGAGCCAGCAUCGUUUGGCUAACUCGGCUGGAAACAAUGAUCUUGACUUUGAAUUUAUGCAGCCUUCAGCAUCACCCCGAGGAAGAUUUGCACGUCUUGAAGAAGAGUCUGAUUACAUAGUGCAUCCAAGACAAGGAUCAAAAAAUCAGCAGGGCAGCCUUCCUAUCAUCGUGAAACUCUUUAUCGCAGGGUUUAUUAUAUUUAUUUGUGGUUUUCUAAUUGGUUACUAUGGACGGAAAAGUAACUCAAAACAAACCUUGCCAAAUAACAUAACACCAAUGCCACCUACAUCUUCAAUUGCAGUAUCUGAUGAUGGCACAAUCCUUCAGAGUAUUGUUCAGGCAAUUGAAGGCUACAGCAUCAGGAGCUUUUUCAGAAAUCUUACACUGUUUGCUGCUGAGUCAGACCGGGGGAGUUCUGCCGCACAUGUUAUGGAGCAGUGGACUGCAUCUGGUUUAACAGAAACCCGCUUAGUCAAUUAUACGGUUCUUCUCAGCUUGCCUGAUGCAAACCAAAACAAAAUCAUUCUGACAAAUAGCAGCCAGUGCUUUCAUCCCAGUGGACAACAAUGCAGUACUUUGCCCUCAGCCCCACAUGGGAAGAAGGAAAAAAAUGACCUUCUUUAUUUCUAUGCAGCUUAUUCUGCCAAAGGAUCUCUGGAGGCAGAGAUCAUUGAUGUACAAUAUGGAACAAUUGAUGAUCUGCUCCAACUUCAAUCAAGCACCGAUGUUACCAAAAAAAUUGCACUAAUUAAACUUGGAAAGGCACCUUUAUUAUACAAGUUAUCUUUAUUAUUGGAGGCUGGUUUUGGAGGAGCUUUGGUCUAUAUUGACCCUUGUGAUUCGCCCCCAAGGGAGAAACUUGGGGAGAAGACAUUUUGGAUUUCUUUGAAUCCUGGAGGAGACCCAUCUACACCAGGAUAUCCUAGUAUUGGUGGAAUCUUCAGGGAACACCAAACAAAUAUUACAUCUUUGCUCGUUCAACCAAUUGCUGCAUCUCUGGCUAAAGAACUUCUUUCAUCAACUGAGAAAGCAAAUGGAAAUGAAUGCUUUCAGCUCACCAACUCAAGUGCAGUGCAUAGAUGUUUAAAUGGAUAUUUUCAAAGCAGUGGCCUGCACAACAUAUUGGUCGAUAACCCAUACAGAGAAGGGAGGAAGUUCGCUUUUAACCCCUCUCCUUAUGUAUUCUUAAAAGUCAGUAAAACCAUCAGGCUGGAGGUGGCAACAGUCUCAGAAUAUAGAACAAUCCAGAAUGUAAUUGGCUACGUGAAAGGAUCCAUCAACCCAGAUAAAUAUGUCAUUGUUGGCAGUCACCAUGGUAACAGUGAAGAACUUUGGACCAGCAGCACUUCCAUAAUUACUGAAGUAAUCAGGACUGUGAUGACCCAGAUUCAGAAGAAAAGAUGGCGACCAAAUCGUACUAUUUUGUUUUGCUCCUGGGGAGGAAGCAUUUUUGGCAACAUUGGCUCAUAUGAAUGGGCAGAGGAGAUGAAACAUAUUCUACAGAGUAAUGCUGUGGCCUAUAUUAACCUAUUCAAACCUGUUAUGGGAAAUGGAACCCUGAACACUGUGGUGUCACCUUCUCUUCGACAACUAGCAACAGAUGUUAUGAACAAGAGGUUUUCUUUGAACUGUACAAGGCAAGAAAAUUGUUCAGGAAGAAAGGUCAACUCAGUGCAGGUGGAAGGAAACAGUGAUUUCUUCAUAAAUCAUCUUGGAGUGCCAACUGUUCAAUUUGCAUAUCAGGAGACAAAACCGUCAAUGGGGCCAGGAUUUCUAUCGGAAGCAGUUCUGCUGAAUGAUGCAACGAUGGUUGAGACUUUUGAUCCCAACUUUAACCUUCAUGAAACUAUUGCCAAGUUAACAGCUGAAAUGAUUCUGCAUAUAGCAAAUGAGCCAGUUCUCCCUUUCAGUGUCCUGGACGUAGCCCUGGAGGUUCAAGAGAAACUCAAAGAUGACAAUAUUGCUUCAGAGCAAAUGUUGGCAUUGGCCACGGCAUUGAGAGAAACUGCACAACUUUUUCAAUCAGAUGAAAUGCGUCCAGCUAAUGAUCCAGAGGAAAGAGAUCCUGCCCAUUUGAGAAUGCUAAAUGAUGUGCUGCAGAACCUAGAGAAAAACUUUCUCAUCCAGCAUGCUCCACCAGGCUACUAUAGAAAUAUUCUAUAUCAUCUCAAUGAGUCAUCAAGCCAGUUCUCUGUCAUGAAAGAAGCUGUUAACCACUGCAACCUUCAGAAGACAAACCAAACUCUAACCAAAAUUAUAUCUAUGGUGCAGAACAGCAUUAGAUCUGCUCAGGUUUACUUAAAGACAGGUUUGGAUGUGUUUGAGAAUAUUCAAAAUACAAAAAUAACAAACUGACUUUUAGAAAUAGAAAUAUGCAAUAUAGAGGGUGGAAGAUUUUCUUCUGCAGAGGUAGAUACAUUACUGAAAAAAAAACACAAAUUUACCAAAGGACCCACUUACAAUCAGAAUUAUAUAUGGGGCCAAUUUCAAAUGCACAAAGUAUCGAUUUAAUGGUUAUCUUCACUGAUAAGUAAUGGUUUUUGUGAACAACCGAGUCAGGUACUCAAAUAUAUUUACUUACAGAAUUCAAAUUGGGCCCAAUCAUUUUACCAUCUAUUUGCAAUAAUAGGAUAAUAAUAGGGAUAAUAAUGCAAUGCUUGUUGAUAAUGAUUACGUGGAAACUUGAUCAUCAGAUGAUGAGAUGUUUCCAGUCUUCUAAGGUUGUUAACUGUCUGAUUGGAAAGAUUUGGAAAAAUAAAUGCAUAUUCACAGAAAUAAUACAUUCAAUCCAUUAACAGACUGAGCAAUGAAGCCAAUGAAUGUUGUAUAAGCACUUAAGUAUUUUCAUUAUAAGCUACCUUCAAAAUGGGCAAUUAAUGAAAUUGACAAAGUCUUAGAGUUUUAUUAGGCUAUUAAAACAUAAUGUGCCUUUCAAAUUGAGGUGUAUGUUAUCUUGUAUAUAAGAGUAUUAUUGCAACCUGUGGAAUAAUAUCAUAAGGCAAUAUAAUUUGUGACAAACAAAUACCUUAUGUAAAACAGUGACCACUCUUCAUUUUUUAAUCUGUCAAAUGGAACAGAAAUGAAAACUUUUCUUUGGAUUAAUCUGCAGAAUGUAUUGUUGUAAUGUUCUCUGAAAUAGCUGAACCAUUAUGUUUUGACAAUUGAAUGCAUGUUGAGAAAUGAAUCUUUGGUACCUAUUUAAUUUUGUAAAUCAAAAUGCUGGCUUAUGAAAGAUUUAUAAUGCAAAACAAUGGAAUUAUGAUUUUUAUUCACUAUCAUGACAGAUUAAUGCCUAAUCCUUGACUGUGCUUCUGUGGUACUCCUAUCUUUUAAUGUGCAGGAAAAGUUUAAAGUUGUAACAUAAUUUCCAAAUAACCAACUUAAGUUAAAUUUGAAAUACACAUGUUCCAUAAUUGUUAAUUAAUUGAAAGGUCACAUGACAUGUUUCAGCUCAAGUGAAACUAAAGAUGCUGGAAAUGGUGUUCUAUCAGUUUGAUUUUCUUCAAAAACUGUGAAAAGAGUUCUCUUCAGACCACCUCACAUAUAUAAACACCAGGAGAUGUUCUGCUCCUUCAUUUAAAACUUAACAGCGCAGAAUUGUAAUGUAUGAGGCUGUACUUUGACAAAUAAGUUAUGAAUUCUUAGUUUAGGCUAACGCACAGUUAUUGGCCUGAAUUCAUCGUCAUAUAAAAUGAUUUUUACAAACAUAGUAACUUAGCAGACUGAAAGAUAAAUGAAUCCAAUGGUACAGGGUGUAAUAGUUUAGCAAAAUGACUUGACUGGCAAAUAACACGUAUAUCUAUGUCAUCUAAAUAACAUGCGAGUUUUCCAAAACUCACCAAUCCUUAUUACAACACCAAACAACUGGCAGUAUUUUUGGUUUAGGAUUAUACUCCUGAUUCUGAUCUUUCUAAAAAAAACAAACAGAAAAAUAUGCUCCAUACAUCUCAGUUAAAUUUGAUGCAGCAAGUUGUCUGCAAAUGUAACCUCUGGUUCAAAGAAUCAUGCACAAUUCAGGUGGCUCAAUGAUUAGGAGGUUGUGCAAAUAAAAGUGGAAAAUAAACUGAAUAAAAUAUUAAAUAUUUAUGUGAAUAUAUCAGUAACUAAUCACUGAAAUUUCUAUUUUUGAUUGGUUAGUCGAAAAUCAGGAACAAAUGUGAAAGCUUUUUUGAUGUAGUUCCAAAAAGAUUGUAAAUAGUGACCACAAACACAGAGGGUGUUGGAGAAACUGAACAGAUUUGUCAACAUCCGUGGAGAGGGAAACAGUCUUCUUCAGAGUUCAGAGUCACGCUGGACUCUCAACAUUUCUCAAUCCAUAAAUGCUAUUAGACCUGCUGAGAUCCUGCAGCAUUCUAUAUUUGUUUCAGAUUUCCAGCAUCUGCAGUAUGUUAUUUUUCUGUAAAUAAUGUUGAUUUGACUUACAGAAACAUUAUUGGGUUACAAUUAAUUGCUGAUACCUAUGGACAAACUCACUUCACGGAGAAACAGUUACUGUGAUCUUUCACCUUACUGAGUUUAAAAUGUUGGCUCUUAAAUUAUGCUGUGUUACUUAGUAGGAAAAAGUUAGUGGAUGUGUUACAAAUGAAUCCUUGCAAUAAAAAUAAGAGAGGAAGGAACUGCACACAAUCAUGUUGAGCAUCUAUACACUGUAAACCAAUGGAAUAAUUUCAAGAGUGCAUUUUUAAGAAAUCUCUUUGUUUCUCUUCUCUUGUUUUAAUCAAAUUAUUGUUAAACAGAGCUUUAUGCCAUAUGGAGCUCUGAUAAGGGCAGAUGAAUUUACGAAGUGCAAAUUGAGCAUGUUUUGUAACCAAUUGUCAGUAUAAAAUCCAAAAUAGAACUUGUGAUUAUCAGCUACAGGUACAGCUGGUCGGUAUGGAUCACUUCUGGUGCAUUCAACCCUCAAUAGCAGAUUUACAAACAUUGACGGAAUAAGGAGAAAAAAUAAUCUAAAGGUGAUUUAAACUAAGAUAAAACAUCCAGCUAUUAGGAUAAAGAGGACUUAUUUCCAUAUAUAUUUAAACAUGGUGUAGCCCUGAUAAAACUGAAAAACAUUGCAUUUAAUUCUUAAUCCAGAGGCUAAGGGCUUUGAUUCCUCAGUAAAAUGCUGGCAUUAGUUAUUGAUCAAAUCAUCUUGUGGAAAAUUACUUUAACGCCAAUGUAGAGGGUGAAGAUUAACGGGAAGUGAUCUUCAAAUUUCACCCAUAUUGGAUGCAGAGUUGGUGAUGUAUCCACUGCGCCUGCUAGAUAAUUUCAGUGGAAUGACAGAACUAUUUUUAAUUCAGUCCAUAUUUAAGAAACUUGGCCAACGUUAAUUCAGGAGGCAGUUUUGUACAAUUCAACUAAAAUUACAAAAGGUGUAAGAUUAAAUGAAGUUCUGCCUACUACCAGAAGUGGAGGAGAUUACCAACCGCAGGCAAACUUAUUUUUCUGGGACCUUAAAGCACAUUCCUGUUGAUAUAGAGUAUAUUUCAGUUAAAUAAUUGACUUUUUCUUUAGUAACACAUAUGUUCUGCCUUGAGGCACUGAAUUUGAACCAGCCUUCUCCAUUAAAGGACAGAAUAGCAUCAAGAGAGAUGCAUCUGUACACAAGAAGACUUCAUGAAUCAGAGACUCGGAUAUAUUUCUAUGGUAAAUGUACCAUAUAUAUUUAGAGGACAGGGAUUGUUACAAUUGAUUUGAAUUUGAUUUGUUUGUUACAGCAUAGCAAAAAAGUUAUUUUGUCAUUCUGUGUAUAUUUUUGAUAAAUUUUAUCAUUGAGUGAUCACCUUUGUAACUUGCCAGUUUAAAUUAAGUCACAACUAGGGUUUAUUGACUCAGUGAUCAGGAGGGAAGGAUGCUGUUAAAUGAGCAAACAACAACUCCACUGACCUUACAAUAAUUAUGCUGUUUCAGCAAGUUACAAGACUUGAUUGAAAUUUGUAUUAGUGCUUAUAGGAAAAUACUAACAUUUUUAAAAAUGCAAUGUAUGGAUACUGUCAGAGGAAUAUACAGUUUAUAUACAAAAUGUAUACAAGGUACGAUUGGUUAUGGAUUCUAUUUUUAAUUAAACAGAUUUUCCA